GUAACAAAUAAUAGGUUGUCCGAAUUGAAACUUGAAAGCCUCUUUCCCAAAACCCAACGGGGAGGCCAAGGCAAGGCAGGCAUGGCGGAUAUGCUGCCGCCGGCGUUAAAGCCAGUGUCCCCGCAAGAUUGGGAGACCCUCAUCGACGACUUUCAGUACGGCGGUCUUCGCCGGCACAAAUGGACCUCCCUCUCCCCAGUCCUUCUCGACCUCGCCCUCUCCACAAUCCUUAAAAGGGACUUCCCUCUCAAGCUCCACCUCCUUCUCUUCCUCGAAGAAUUCUCCGACUCCUUCUUCCUCGAACCCAUUUUCCUAGACCGCCUCCUUGAUUCCCUCCGUCUCGUCAUCCAAUCCCCCGCCGACGGUUUUCACAUUACCUUACCUCUCAAAGAUCAGUUUCUCGUCUCCACCACCUCCAUUUUCAUCUCCCUCGACAUCUUCAACAAGUUUCACAUCCGCUACGCCGAGAGCUUGGUCGAACUUUUGUUAAUCAUUGUCAACCGCCCCAACCAUGGGCCCGAUCGGCAGACGCGUGCCGUGGCGUGCGAGUGCUUGAGAGAAUUGGAACGCUUUUACCCUUGUUUGCUCUCCGACAUCGCCGGCCACCUCUGGAGCUUGUGCCAAAACGAGCGGACCCACGCCUCGCAGAGCUAUAUUCUUCUGUUCACUUUGGUGAUACACAACAUCGUGGCUCUCAAGUCCAACGUGUCCGUGCUAAACACUUCUGUUCCUUUGGUUCCCUUCAAUGUGCCGCAGUCUCUGCUAGCCGGUGGUUCUUCCAACUCGACGAAUAUGGGCUUGAACUACAAGGAGCUGAGGAGGGCGAUGGCGUUCUUGCUGGAGUCGCCGCAGGUGUUGACGCCGUGCGGGAUGGUGGAGUUUAUGGCGAUGAUAACACCGGUAGCUAUAUCUUUGGAAUUGCAGCCGUCGAUGUUGAAGGUGCAGUUCUUCGGGAUGGUAUCUUCCUAUAAUCCAAUAUUGUGCCAUGUAGUUUUGAUGUUGUAUUUGCGGUUCGUGGAUGCGUUCGAUGGGCAAGAGAGCGAGAUUGCCCACCGGCUUAUAUUGAUGUCGAGAGAAGCGCAGCAUUAUUUGGUCUUUCGGUUGCUCGCUCUUCAUUGGCUGAUGGGUUUCAACGAACUGAUCUCGAGUGGAGAAGUGAAGAAAAAAAAGGCAAUGGCCGUUGAGAUGAGGUUGAGCUUCUAUCCCAGAGUGUUUGAUCCGCUUGCAUUGAAGGCUUUGAAACUUGACUUGCUUGCUUUCUGCUCGAUAUGUAUAGAGAGCCUGAAAUCGGAGAGUGCCUUGGACGCGGGGAAGUCUGUGGAUAAGCUAUUUGGAGAUGGUCUUGUGUCUGUAUCAGCUUUCAAGUGGUUGCCUCCAGGGAGCACGGAAACUGCAGUGGCAUUCCGCGCUUUCCGUGAGUUCUUGAUAGGUGGGUCGUCACAUUCUGCCACUGAUCCUUCCACCAUUAGAACUCUCUUGGAAUCCACCAUCUUCAAUACUUUACAGCGGAUGCUAGUGGACAUGAUGUUGGAGUAUCAAAGAUUGGUUCCAGUGAUUGUUGCUUUUAUUGACCGCUUGCUGGGCUGUCAAAAACACCAUUGGUUGGGAGAACGCCUGCUUCAGACAUUUGAUGAGAAUUUGAUUCCAAAAGUCAAAAUGGACUAUAAAUUGGUUUCUUGCUUCCCAAUAUUUGAUAGAAUUGCUGAAAAUAAUACAAUACCGCCUAGUCGAUUGUUAGAGCUUCUGACCAAAUUUAUGGUUUUCCUUGUUAAGAAACAUGGGCCAGAUACAGGACUGAAAUCUUGGUCUCAGGGGAGUAAAGUUCUUGGUGUCUGUCGAACCAUGCUGAUGCACCACCAUAGUUCUAGAUUGUUCUGUAGACUGUCUCGCCUCCUUGCAUUUUCUUGCCUUUAUUUUCCAGAUUUGGAGGUUCGUGACAAUGCAAGGAUCUAUCUGCGGAUGCUAAUCUGUAUACCCGGAAAGAAGCUUAGAGAUAUGCUCAACCUUGGGGAGCAAUUCCUUGGAAUUUCGCCAUCUCCACAUUCUAGCUCAUUUUUCAAUAUUCAGUCUCCUCUAACUUCUCACGAUCUCAAGAAAUUGAGAAACGUCUCAUCCUAUGUUCACCUUGAGCGGGUGAUACCCUUGCUUGUCAGACAAUCUUGGUCCUUGUCUUUGUCAACUUUCGGUGUUGGUAAUAACAAACCCGAUUACCUACAGGGCAUCACAGACAGUGAAUCUCCAGGUGAGGAAAAGGAUAUUGAUGGAAGUACAGAUAUCCAGAUUCUAGAAACUGAAAGGAUUGGUCAGCCGCAGGAACCAUUGCGUGUGAUGGAUUCAAAGAUUUCAGAGAUCUUAGGAACAUUAAGAAGGCAUUUUUCUUGCAUACCAGAUUAUAGACAUAUGCCAGGACUUAAGGUUAAAAUAUUUUGUACUUUGAGAUUUGAAUCUGAGCCUUUCAAUCGUGUUUGGGGGGGAGUCAACUCUCCUGCUAGUGGUGUGGAUGGAUUAGAUACCCUUCCUGCUAUGUAUGCAACUGUGCUAAAUUUUUCAUCCUCCGCACCAUAUGGAUCUAUUGCAUCAUAUCACAUACCUUUUCUUCUUGGAGAACCUCCCAGAAAUGGGUACGUAUCUGGUGAAAGUAUGCCAUUAGAUAUUGUUCCUGUAAAUAGUGGCCCUGGAGAACAGAAAAGUUUUAGAGCUCCUGUAACAAUUGAAUUAGAGCCACGGGAACCAACACCCGGUCUUCUUGAUGUUUCCAUUCAAACAAAUUCAGAAAACGGCCAAAUCAUUCGUGCUCAGCUUCAUGGUAUCUCAGUAGGCAUAGAAGACAUGUUUCUCAGGGCUAUUGCUCCACCCGACACCCCGGUAGAGGCAAUGCCUGGUUAUUACUCAGACUUGUUCACUGCACUCUGGGAGGCAUGUGGUACUUCUUCCAACACAGGUCGGGAGACCUUUCCACUGAAAGGAGGCAAAGGGAUUGCAGCUAUUAGUGGGACCCGAUCAGUCAAGCUACUUGAAGUCACUGCAACCUCUUUGAUUCGGGCAACCGAGCGCUACCUGGCUCCAUUUGUUGUAAGUGUGAUUGGUGAACCACUUGUUAAUAUUGUGAAGAACAGCGGAAUCAUCAGAGACGUAAGCUGGAAGGAUGUGGCUUCAGAUUCUUCCCCUGAUGCGUCUACGUCGGUAUCUGGUUUUGAUGGAGGCCCACUUCAUCUUACGUACUUCGCCGGUGAAGAUGAGAGUGAAAGUCUUGUCAGUACCAGCAAAAAGACCAUGGGAUGCUUUCAUAUUUUGAUAUUUCUUCCACCAAGGUUCCAUCUCCUUUUCCAAUUGGAGGUAUGUGAUAUUUCAACUUUGGUUCAAAUCAGAACUGAUCAUUGGCCAUGCUUAGCUUAUAUUGAUGAUUAUUUGGAAGCUUUAUACUUGGCGUAGGGGAAACUUCUUUCCAUAAUGAUUAUUUGCUUCAUUUGUUUCUUUGUACGCUGCUGUAAGAGCGUUAGCAUUUUGAUUCACUUUCUUUUUCUAUAUACUGUUUCCCCCACGCGGAUAUUUUUGUUCUUUGUGUUCAAUAUAAACUCGUGUAAAUACCCUGGAAGCGAGUCCUUUCCGAUGUUCUAUAAAUUCAAUCCUUUUUGGGCAUUUCAUUUCAU